AUGAGAAAUUCGACUCUAAUUUUAUUUGGAUUACUACUUGUCCUCCUUGCUAUUUCUUCAGUGGAUGGCACGAGCAGACUAAGAAAGCAUCACCCACACAAUAAAGGUAAGCAUCAUCAUCAUCAUGUGACUCCGAGAAGCAAACGUGCGGCAAAAGAAGUCCAAAGGAAGGCCGACGAGGAAGGGGUACUUCAUAAGCGAUCAACCUCCAUUGAAAAAUACAGUCCUUAUUACGAAGGUACACAUGUUGCGGAUCGUCUGACUCAACAACAUGACACCAAACACCCGAAAGGCUUUGAUGAAACUAAAGCUCGUCUUGCCGCUGAUGUUGCUGUAAGCAAAAAACCUCAAACUUAUCUUGAAAGCAUUGGGGGUGGCCAUGGGGGAAGUAAAGAAGUUCAGAAAAAAUUGGCGCAGCAAAGAAAACAAAAAGGCCUCAAAUACUACUGA